AUGCAAUCACUCGUGCUUCAUCCACCGAGCCUUUCCUCCCCGUUUGGACAACCCCGGUUCAACUCGGGCCCAGAGCGGCUGCCGUUGAAUCGUCCUCGGUCUACCAAUGCUCGAGGGUAUAGUCCCCGGGCUGCUCUUCCCCAUCAAUCGAUGUCUAGGUCUCCUCUUGCAGAGGAGCCCUCGGAGACAUCCGCAGAGUCCAAGCCACGGGGAUAUCCACUGUCGUCCGUAGUCACGACAGCCGAGGAGGUCACGGCCACCGUCCCGGAGCUACCACCGCUGCCGCCUCCAGUCAGCGAGCCUAUACCAGCGCGGUUACCACCGGGGUAUAGUGAGCAGGCCACUCCAGUCUUUCCCGGGUCUCCAAGACUACCACCGGGGGCGCCGCCAUAUCCGUUGCCGGCGUUGGAAGGCUCGGCAUCAGGGCCUGCCCACCGGUCAUUCGCUCACAAAUCAACACGGCGCACAAAGGCCCAUGUGGCCUCGGCUUGUGUGAAUUGCAAAAAGAAGCACCUGGGAUGCGACCCAGCACGCCCAUGCCGACGAUGCGUGCUCUCGGGCAAAGCUUCCUCAUGUGUGGACGUCACGCACAAGAAACGAGGGCGACCACCGCUUAAAGCCGAGGACUCGUCACUGCGGUCUUACACGACGCAUCUCGACCAUCCAGCGGUGCCGGCCGAGGCCCAACCACCCGUGCUCACGCGGCCCUCCACGAUGCACCGGGCCACGUCUUCACGCGAGCUGCGGCCCAUGACGGAUCUCCAGAGAUUGGGAGAUGCAGGCCAAGCAGCAGCCGGAAUGCCAAUGCAGCAUAGGCUGUCAGCAUCAGUCUUUCCUCUGACUCGACCAAUGGACGCCUCGCCCUCCAUCCCGGGACCCGUUGGUCGAAGGUCAUUCUCAUCAAGUGGCCCACCCUAUUCAGCGCCAGCAGGCCCGCCUCCUGCUUUUGUCCCCAUGCCGGUGGCGUUCAAUCCCGUCCUCAAAGCGGGUAGCAUGCCGUCUAGCAUGGAGAGGCGGUUUUCAGCAUAUGCUGCGCCCUCUCUUCCACCACCAACCUCCCCCCCUCAGCACCACCCCGUAAACGUGCCUUUCCUACCAUAUACGGAACCACCAGGCAGCAUUAUUCGGCCUCCACUCAGCGACCCGCGAUUGCCAGCAGGGCCUCCUGAGCCUUACCGUGAAUCUCCCGUGCGGCUGCCGCCUAUUCACCAAGCCACUGCGAGCCCGGGGCCGCCUCAUCUUGCACAUCGCCUGAGUGAUCCCUACCCGGCCACAUGGUCGUUCCCGACACGAGAAGAAGGCCCGCCUGAUCCACGGCGCCCGGCCGCACUACAUCGACCAGUGGGCCCGAUAUUCUCUCCUUCCUUCUCUCAUCAACGCUCCUCUUCCGCCGUAGGCCCGGUCGAUCCCAAGCCCCGACACCUCGGUCCUAUCGAUCUCUUCCCCCCUCUUGCCCCGGCAAAUUUGUCUCCGAGAGAAGCACGAGCAGAGCAGCCGACCAGCGAGGCUGAACCCCAAGAGCCACGGCCUGUCAAACGACGCAAAAUGGCGCUGGACGACAUGGUCAACGGCUGA